CUGGAGAGAAUGUUUGCUUCAGAAAAUAUUAAGAGACCCUGAGAGCGUCAGUAACUUCCUUCCUGGCUGAGAUGAUAUUUCAAAGACGUUCACUUGGACUAUGAGGUCAGUAACGAGGGGCUCUCCUCCUGCACAUUCUCUGCUGCAGCCACAUAUACUGAUUCUGAAGAGACAUGAAGUCACGCAGGGGCUGCUGGUCUAUCCUGCUGUUCCUCAGUUUCUCCUAUGCUCUUCUCAUUGACAUUCCUCAGGAGUCAGUCAAAGGAACUGUCGGUCAUUCUGUCCUCCUGUCCAUCUCCUAUAGACUCCAGGGGCCAUUUUCCUCUCCUCUGUCCAUUCAGUGGAAUUUCAGUAACUACCCUAAUCCACUCACCAUGUACACAGUGACUAACUGCUCUGUCAGUGCGGAGGGGAUUCCCACCCGCUGCUCUGGACAUAAUUUUAUAAAUCCUGCAUACCAAGGCCGGACUGUAUUUUUCCCUGAAAAUGCUUCUCUGCUCCUUCAGAACCUGCAGCUCAGCGAUAGCGGAGUCUACAGUGUCACCUUCAAAGUACCACAGCAAACCAGACACAUCACAUUAACUGUAUCUGAACCUCAUUUCAACCAUGGAAAUGCAGAGGGUGGAACAGGAAACAAAAUGAAUUCACCUCUUGUCCUUCUCCUUGGACUCUUGAUCACCGGAGGCUUAAGUUUUCUCCUGCUCCUCCUGUUGCUGUUCUUCUUCUGCAGAGGGCACAAGGGUGCAGUUCAGCAGAAGAGGACAAGAAUCAUAAAGCAACAAGAAGAGGUCCCAAAUCAUGAGGAUUCUCACAUGGAAAGUUCGUUACCAAUGACGGUAUCAACAAUUUAUGCAAGGAUUGGAGAAGACGCUGGGCAGAGGCAGUGCAGAUCAGUCACAGACUGAUUAUGUCUCUAUAAACUUCUCUUAACAGCAGCUGUAACCUCAACAUGCAGAGCUGGUUUUAGGCAUGAUCAGCACAUGUAGUUACUGUGGGAGCCACACAGUUCAAGAGCUCUGCUGUAAAUAACCAAAUUAUCCUAUUUAAUGGGAACAAGACAGAAAUGUCAGUAUUGUUUAGAUGGAUUUUCCAGACUUCCCAACUCUUCAGAAGAGUGUAUUUGUAUUUUACACAUAUAAAUGGAUGAUGGAUUAAAACAUAAGGGUCUUUGUGAACUCAGGACUCAUCUGUUUUAGGUGCAGCUUGAGGCACUGAAAUGUGUAGAGUAUCAUUAUUGUCUCUUUGUAUUGGGGUAGAGCCUGGAGGCCUGAGUCAGGGAUCAGGAUACCAUUGUGCCAAGCAGUGUACACACACAACAUAAAGAUUGUUCCUGCCUCAAAGCAUGUGGGACAUCUUAAGCACUAGUAUGUGUUCCAUUGACAUGUACCCUGUGUGCCCCUGCUCCACUAGCUCUCUGGUACAUAUUAUAUGUCGUUUGUGUAGCAUUUGGUGCCAUCAAGUGGUAUCCAGAAUAAGAAACUUACAGUACAUUGUUGUAGGCUCUGCUGUUGUCUGUGUGCUCCAUGAAGAUCCUGGAAUGAGCUGCUAUUUAUUUAUUCUAAAGUAAUUUUGAAAACACGGCGUGAAGAUGAAAGGAAUUGGGCGAGUGGGGUGUGGAAUUGCUACUUAUCUGGGGAAGGAAGGAUCUUCCUUUUGCAACUGUUUACAUUUUUCA